GACCCUGUGAAACGUCAGCCAUGCCUGCCUCUAGUGUAGCACUUGCUUCUGACCCCCCAUCCCAACCCCAACAACUCCCCUAUCCUCAUGUCCAAUGGUCUCAGCUCCUUCAGGACCCAGUUUAUCCAGGAUUCCCCAAGAACGAGAAGGGAGAGGUGGAACCGCUGCCCCCCUAUUCCUUCUCCCAAAAAGGAGAAGACCUACCGCAAGAUAUGAAUGUCCUCAGGUUCUUCUUCAACCUCGGUGUCAAGGCAUACUCUCAGCCGAUGUUUCCUCCCAUCAUAUAUUUGGGUGCACUUAACCAAGCCUAUCAGAUGCACCUUAGAGGGCCUCCUCCUUCCUCGGACUCUCCUGCUAACCCCACUGUGACUUCAUGGCAACCAGAAAACCCUUCUCCUCCUCAAAAUUUGAGCUCCAUCCCUGACACCUCAUUGGACAGCCAUGCUCCCGUUGCACCUGUAGCAUCUGGUAGCGGUCCUGUUGGUCCCAUAGAGUUGGGAGCGUACAAUGAUCAUCCUGUAUCCAUUCCAAUGUCACUGCCACCAAGGCCACCAAUGACCUGGCCAGUUUCUUCUGGUCCAAGUAGCUAUGCUGGGUCGUACCCAUCUGGCCCUCCAGUGCAUUUUUCCCCACCACCCUAUCCACCCCCUGGGAAUCAGAUGUAUCCGCCGUCAUCCGUUGGGUACCACCGUAUGCCAUUUCCAAUGCCUCUUGAGGCCUUAAACCAUGGCCCUCAUGGUCGGAUGGAUGUCUUGCCAUUUGUUCCUCCAUCAGUGGACAGAGGUCAAGGGAAUGGCCAGAGGUCUGUAAACCCCCAGUUCGGGUCCUUGCAGAAGACUGCUGGCUUUCCUGGAGGCCAACCUCAUUUGAGUGCUGGUGAUUUCAAGACUGUAGAUAUUCCCGUUUCAGUGGCCACAAUGGAACCUCCACCCUUUACUGGACCUUGUUCUGUUGUACAACCUUUUCCGAUUGGCCCCCUGCAAGGAGACAUGGUAGGAUUGACCCCUUUUACCAAUGGGAACUUAGGAAAACAAGGGGGAGUCUUUCCACAGAGCCAUCAUGCUGGUCCUAUCGCAGAAGACCCUUCUCGCUCCAUUCACCCAUAUUCUCCUGAUGAUAACUGGUCUGUGGAAGAGAUGGAGUAUCCCAAUGUAAAUCUUAGAGCAACUAAGUCCUUCUACAGCCAGUCCUACAGGGGUGGAGGAAGACGGGGCCAAGAUGACAGAGGAGGAUAUCGAGGCAGGGGCCACCGAGGCCAGAAAAAUUAUUCUGGCCGUGGAAGACAAGAUGAACAAUCGUCUUAUAGACAUUUUGGGAGACGAGGUGCAGGUCCAAGGGUAGUGAUGCAGUUACCAUACCCGUGAUGCUGAAAUGCUGGAUAUACACUAUUUUUUGGUUUACAAUGAUAUCAGAUACACAAAAUCUGUUGUUUUGAGUUUAUGGGUGGCUUUUGGUAAAUGGUAUUGAUUAGGAAUAUAUCCAAUGUUUUUAACAGUUUUCUGGCUUUUUCUCCCCUCACAUUCUUGAUUUAAAAAAGUACAGUGACUGUUUCACCUGUUCCUAUUUCACUAAACCCCUGUGAAAAUGUAAAUGUGUGUUUGCAUUGGUAAUAAAAUCUAAUAUUUUGUUUUCUUGUUGCACUGCCCUUACAUGCACAGCAAAAGGGAAAAAAUAUUGGUUUUAUAUUGAUUUGAAUGUAUAAAACUUUUCAUAUCUAUGUGCACUUCCUGUAAACACUGAAAUCUUUUAUUUACAACUUUUAAUGUGGGUAUUUUUUUUUAGACUGGUUCUCAGAGGACUGUCUUAAUCAGAAUUUUCCUGAAAAACUUGUAAACAAUUCAUCUUGUGCUGCAAGGUGAGCAUAAUGGUGUCAGCAUAUCACCUGAGAUGACAGGAAAAGUGCCAGGAAAGUGCCUUUUUUUGUUUUGGAAAAUGUGGUUUUCGUUGAGUUUCUCACUGCACCUUUAUUGCACUGUAUCAACCUCCUCCACAGGGUUCUAGGGUGUCUGCUGAAUGAAUGUUGAUGCAAAAUGCCUGUAAUAAAUUACAUUUCUGAUCCAAAGAUGUAGUUUUAACACCAAACAAAUAAAAGAUUAAGAAUGUCUUUCUCCAUUGUUGCC